AGAAGGGUCUCGACCCCAAACGUCACAUAUUCCUUCUCUCCAGAGAUGCUGCCUGAGUUGCUCCAGCACUCUAUGUCUAUCUCUGGAGAACACAGAUAGGCGAUCUUUCGGGGUCAGGACCGCUCUUCUGGCGGUUGAAGGGAUGAUAAGUAGUUUUCAGUUCGUCAGGCUGUUCGCUUUGGAGUUCCAUCAGAAACAUAAAUGGACAAAAUUUGUCUUUCUGAAGAGAUUUACAAAAUGAUUAAAUUCUUCCUUUUGAUGAACAAGCAAGGGCAAAUAAGACUCUGUCGAUAUUAUGAGCCUAUGGAAAUCCAGAAAAGGACAUUGUUAGAGUCUGAUGUCAUUAAAAAAUGCCUAUCACGUACAAAGGACCAGUGUUCCUUUGUUGAAUACAAGGAUUUUAAACUAGUUUAUCGACAAUAUGCUGCACUCUUCGUUGUAAUUGGGAUUGAUGAUGCCGAGAAUGAACUGGCAGUGUAUGAACUGAUACAUAAUUUUAUUGAAGUUUUGGACAAAUACUUCAGCAGAGUGUGUGAGUUGGAUAUUAUGUUUAAUUUAGAUAAAGUCCAUGUCAUCUUGGACGAAAUGAUCUUGAAUGGACGUAUUGCAGAGACCAACAAAAGCAGAAUUCUUGCCCCACUUCUUGCACUUGACAAAAUGACUGGAAGUUAAAAUAAAAAAAACAAUUGCCCAAAGCCAGCACCAUCUGAAUGUUCUUACCAAAUGCUGCAUAAUAGAUUGCUACCGAGGUUCUGACUUUUAUCACAAUGAACACGCUUCCUUGGCUUUCUGUGAAAACGAGCAUUGGAAACACAGCAUGAUAGUUAUCUAUAUAAACAAGCUGUAUUAAUGUAA